AUGGAAUAUGAAUCUGUGCAAAGUAUAAGCGAGACAAGCGAAUCAGUAGAUGAAGACAAGAUUCUCGGUAAUCCAAGGGUCUUUUUAACAUCAUUCAGACUAAAUUUCCCUGGAUUUUUGUUCUGUUUGAUUAGCGCAACUCAAGAUUUCUUGGACUUAUACUUCAUCAAAAAGGGAUUUGAUACAAGAGGAGUUACGAUUGUUAGUAUAUCAAGUAUUGUUCGUAAUAUUGUCAUUGGUCUUGGUGGUUUUCAUUCUCAAGGUGUCACGAAAAAGUUCAGUGAAUAUAUUGCCAAGAAAGAUUACAAAUCAAUAGGUAAACUUUACGUUGAAGCACUCCGUUUCAAUCUAAUCUUAGGAAUAAUUUUGUCAUCCGUAUUAAUUGGAAUAAUUCCUAGUUUGAUUCCAAGUCUUGGUAUUCCAGAAGAAUUUAAAUCAGAUACCCUAAAGUAUUUAUUACCUAUUGCUUUAUUCCCAACAUUUGUUAUUCAUUUCUUGUACUCUUGCAGUAUUCUCUUAGCAACUGGAAGAGCCAUUCUUGCUGGAGCAUUACAAAUUGUUGCUCUUGUAACAUCUCUUUUAAUGGAUCCGGUUUUCAUUUAUUUAUUCAAAGCUAAAAUAAGUUUAAUGGGUAUCGCAUUUGUAUCCGGGCCUUUCAUUAUGUCAAUUAUUCUUUUCUUUACCUUUGCAUUCCAUGUCUUCGAGAACAUUAAACCUAAUUGGCAUGCUUUUAUUGAAAAACCAACUUCUGACUUUUGGCAUGUUAUCAAAUCAUCAUUCCCUCUUCUUACAACGAUUUCUUUAGGUGUUGUCACACCUCUUGUCUUUACAUUACUUAUGAAAAGAGCUGCAUCAAAGGAUACAACUGAAAUUGUUACAGUUUACUCAACAUCAAUGAAAGUUUUUAUACUUAUGGCCGCUACUGUUGCAGGUGGAAUGUCAGGAGUAAUACCUUUGGCUGUUUUUGCACUUCAUACAAAAGAUAAACCACGUUUUGUUAAGGUUGUUUUAUAUUCUUUGAUUCUUCCUGGUAUAGUUAUUGUUAUAUUGUGUACAAUUAUGGUUGUAAAGCCAUUCUUAAUUAUGCAAAUCUGGAUUCACGAUCCAGUCAUGAUCUCAUACAUUCCAAAGAUAUCUUCUAUUCCUUUCUAUACUGGUUUCCUUGUUCCUAUUACUGAAUUGUUUAUUUUACUUACAAUUGUUAUGGGAUAUGGAGGACUUGCUGUAGUUCCACCUCUUGUCAAGGCAACUGCUUUAUUCACAUCAGCUAUUGUGUUUUUGAAGGUGGCUAAAAACAAUGCAAUUGCUCUUCUUUAUGCUUAUAACUUCCAAGAUGUUUUUGGAUUGGUUGGCGCUGGAAGUGUUUUCCUCUAUUGUUAUAUUCACACCAAAAAGGAAUACUUUAGCGAGUUUUCCGUUGUAUCUGGAAAACUUCUCGAAGAAGAAGCGUUUAUUUAUAUGAUAUUGACUAAAACUAUAAUAAUAUCUGUCUUAAUCAUGAUUUAUUUCUUUAAAACAGUAUCUGAGUUGAUGGUAGUUGUUUUUAUCCAGCAGAAUUUGACAAUGAGUAACUUAUAA